AUGUCCACGACGCAACUCCCCAAAUCUACAGCCCUGCCAGAAGUCCCCGCGUUAGACAACACCUACGGAGCGCUUCUAAUUGGGACCUUUCUAGGACUGAUCUUAUAUGGACUAACAUUGCACCAAGCAUACCGCUAUUUUCGUCUAUAUCCAAACGAUUCCAAAUGGCUCAAUAUUCUGGUCGCGAUGGUCCUGUCAGGUUGCGGAGACUUUUACGAGCUUUUUGGGCGUGCACGCAUGCUCGUGACAAACUACUUUCAUCCGCAGGCGCUCACACGCCCAUCGUGGUCCGUCAUGAUCAUCUCCAUGAACUUCUUCGUCCGCAGGGUCUGGAUCAUCGGCGCACGUUUCAGACCUUUGGUAAUCGUCUCAAUUUUGUGCACUCUAGCAGCUCAAGGAGUUUUGACAGCUGUAACGAUCAAAGGGUUUAUUGGAGCCGACCAGGACUCGAGCUUUGAAGAAGAAUUUGCCUUGGGGACCAAGAAUGCGAUCGCUUCCGCUCUGGCAUUAGUGGGGGAUUUGCUGCUCACGUCGGUACUCAUCUAUGUCCUCCACCGGAGCCGGACCGGGUACAAGAGAACAGACUCAAUGAUCGACCUUAUGAUCAUGUAUUCAGUCGGCACCGGGCUGCUUACGGAGAUUGCAGAAAUUCUGACCACUAUACUCGCCAUGGUAUAUCCUGCACAGCAAGUCUAUGUCGUUGUCGGUAUCCCUGCCACGAAGUGUGAGUGGCUUCUAUGUUCCAUGGACAAGGUGCAGAUCAUUGACGAGUUCGCGGAAGUGUGCGCCAACACCCUUCUCGUGGCGCUUAAUUCCAGGCAGUAUAUUGCAUCGUGCGGCGGCUCGAGCGUCUCCAACGAGAUCUCCGUCUUUGGAUCCGCACCGCCCCCACUUCCGGGAAGCACUGGUGGCGAGGAGGCAUUCACGCCACAGCUUCGACGUGCUAUGCGCGCCGCGACGAACGACGCGGACAUGUCACCCGCGGUGAUCGAGCUAAGCUUAGUGGCAGGUGCUGGGGCUCGCGGCGUGCGCGCGGAGAAGGAGGUCGUGUAA